CAGCACUGCUGUGCACGGCGCAGUUGGUCAACAAAAAAACAAACUUUAAUUAUUUUUUAAGCAGUCCACACGUGCGUUAGUGUUAUUAUGCCCAGACUGAUGUAAGAUGAACGCAUUGCGCAACAUAUUUACAUCGCGUACUUUAAACUACUUGCGCCAGAAUGGACAGAACGCUAUCCUUAAUGCCACACAGCAGCCGGCGGUUGUGGACCCCAGCCUGCCCCUUUCCGAUGCGGACAAAGCGCUGAAAGAUGCCCGGCCAUCGCCGCUAUCCAUACCGCGCUCCAUCCUCGACGCCUGCCAGUUCACGGCCAAGCCGUUCGACAUUGGCCGCUCGGCGGUUGCCCAGCAAAGUGGCUCACUGUCGCCCACAACGCUGAAGCGUUUUCGCCGCAUGCAGCGUCGCAUGGAGCUAGUAUACCGCUGCAAGCUGUGCAACACACGCAACACGAAGACCAUUAGCGAGGAGGCCUACUACAGCGGCGUAGUUAUUCUCCAGUGCGACGGCUGUGCGGUCGAUCACUUGAUCAAGGAUAAUCUAGGACUGUUUGCCAACAGCGACGGCGACUCCAGCACCAGCACUGGCCGGCAUAUCGACCAGCUGCUCUCCGAGCGCCAUGCCCGGGUGCACAUCAUCAAGGUGAAUGAGCAUGGCGAGCUUAUUUAGGAGGAAAAUCUAGUCAACGAUCGACCAUCAUCAACUGAUCCUGUCAUCUGUCGCUUCAGUUUUCUCUGCGCUUUUGUCACCAGCAAAUUCGGAACGGAACAAUGAACAUGCGCUCGAACAAACCAGAAACCAGAACCCAGAAUAUCUCAUUAAUUCUGUUCUAAAUUAGUUGUUUUUUAUUUCUGAGAUACUUAUAGCCUCAGGCUAAAAUACAAAUUUGUACAAAACAAAAAAAUAGCAAACCAAACGUUGCACUCGAAUUAUUAAAUUGUUGAUGAGUAAUCCAAUGAUUAAACAAAAAAUUACUCCGAAUCGAAAGCAAA